CCGGUAUUAUGUACGGCUUGUCUGUGCCGUAACCUACGACCUCGCUAGUGCCUCUUGCCUUUUCCAUCUCGGUGCUGCCAAGCCACACGAUGACGACGGGCUUGGGCAUCUAACCCAACACAAAUCAACCGGGCCUCAUCACAGCACUGCCACGACGACUUGAACUUCGUCGGCCAUUAACCUGUCUUGCCGGGGAAAUACCACAUAUCACAUAUGAUAACACACAACACAUACACACAUACACACAUACACGCAUACGCACACAUACUCUACACAUUAACGCUGCUGCCAGCCUGCUACGUAGCAUGACUGUAGGAUCUUAGUGCUAUUCUUGGCUCAGAGUUCGCUUCUACCGGUAUUCCUUUUUUACAACACACACCUGUCAUCCUUUCCUUUGUCUACCCGGCCGCGCACCCAGGACCUAUUCUGUUGCCUGGAGAACACUCUAUCGGAAUCUUUUGUAUAUCCAUUUGACAGGCCACAUCACGAGCAGCAUUUGUUAUAUCGGCGUACUGGAGAGACGGCGCAGGAUAUAAGGAACGAACAGACAACACGGACCCGCCCUUCUGCUAAACCCCGCCAUUACUGGCGUCGCAUUUCAACUGAUCAACCUUCAAUAGCGACAACCCAAUUCCGCCCAACCCAAUCGCUUCGGCGCACGCGCAAAAUACACAUUGUCGGGCUAGAAAAUAGAUCACUGCAUCGGCCUCGUCAGACAUGAGCUUUCGGGGCUUCCAAAAGAGCGUGGUUCGCGCACCACAACAGCUCAAGGCCAAGUUCAACAUUGGCGAGCAUACCAAAGAUGCUGUCUUUAUCGACUCGGAGCGCCGUUUUCAGGAGCUAGAAAACGAGACGAAGCGCCUCCAUGAUUCGAGCAAAAAAUAUUUCGACGCCAUUAAUGGCAUGCUAAACCACCAAAUCGAAUUUAGCAAAGCCAUGACCGAGAUCUAUAAGCCCAUAUCUGGUCGCGUAUCUGACCCUGAUUCGCUUGUCGUCCAUGGCAACCCCGAAGGCAUCCGUGCAUGUGAGGAAUACGAGGCGGUAGUCAAAGACCUACAGGACACUAUUGCGCCUGAGCUCGAGAUGAUCGAUACGCGCAUUGUGCGCCCGGCGAACGAGCUGCUCGAUGUGCUAAAGGUUAUUCGAAAAACUGCUGUCAAACGUGACCACAAGCAGCUUGACUAUGACCGUCACCGAACCACGUUGAAGAAGCUACAAGACAAAAAAGAAAAGUCAGCCAAGGACGAGAAAGCCAUAUGGAAGGCCGAAAGUGAUCUAGAGCAGUCCACACAGGAGUAUAACUACUUCAAUGAUCUACUGAAAGAUGAACUGCCUAAGCUCUUCCACCUAGAACGUGAAUUCAUUCAGCCUCUCUUCCAGUCGUUUUACUACAUGCAACUAAACAUAUUUUACACCCUACACGAGAAGAUGCAGCAGUGCGAUAUCGGCUACUUUAAUCUGAAUCUCGACAUUGAAGAAGCCUUCUUGGAGAAGCGCGGUGACAUACAGGAACAGGCCGAGAAACUGACCAUUGUACGCUUCAAGACGAGUGGUCGCCAGAAACCACCAAAGUAUGGAAAUAAACCGGCCGCUAUCGAGGCAGGCAGUGGACCAGCUGGAUUACUCACUGAAGGGACGUCAUCCCCAACGACAGCUACAAGCCCGCCGCCAGUGUCACCAAGCCCAGCUGCUUCAUUCAAAUAUGGACAACAGCAAUCACAAGCCGAAACUGCCGAGAACCCACCCCCGCCCUAUUCUGCGGCCGCGCUUCCUUCAAAAUUCCCUCCGGUACCCGGUAGUCCCAGCUCCUCUGCAGCGUUAGCGGCGGCAGCAGCAGGAAAGCCUAAGCCCCCUCCACCAAAGCCAAAGCCCAGUCGAUUAGCCGGCGCACCGGCGGUUGAGACGGUAACAGCUCUGUACGACUACUCUGCACAGGCCGAAGGCGACUUGAGCUUCAGGGCUGGUGAUGUAAUAGAAAUUAUUUCGAGAACAAAUAAUGAGAACGAGUGGUGGUCAGGUAAAAUAAACGGUCGACAAGGUCAAUUCCCAGGAAACUAUGUCAAACUCGGCUAGAAGCCAAUGCAUCGUCGAAUGCCUUAUAGCUACGGGUGAUGAAACCUCGAUAACUGCGUGUGUACAGUUUGGAUACCCUGAUAGUUAUCCCGAAUCGCGACAUCUUCAUACUGGCGAAGAGAGAAACAAAUGUCAGAGCCAUGCUAGAUCACUUCUUGCUCGCCUUCCAAUAUAAGUCAAGAUAGCAAAGUGACACCUUAGCAUUGCUUGGUCAGAUUAUACCAACGCGCCUCCUGUACGGAUAGUAUAGUGGUUAGCAGGUAGCUAAUAGCACGAUGGCUACGCAGCCCAGACAAUAAGUCCGUAGCCGGCAGAGUAUUGGUCCUCUCCUUGCCAAGUUCUGCGUAACUCAUCGCACGCCGUGUAGAGGGCAGAGAACACGAAAAUGCUAAGGAGAGGUGUGACGUUGUUACUAACUACCUUAGGGAUUUGAAAGUGUGAUGUGGAUUCAUGAUGAAGUUGAGAGGGAAUGUUUACUUCUGUUUAGACUUAGUGAGUUAGUAUGUUAAACAUGAAAAGAACUCCAAACUCGAGAGAAAGUCGUUGGUCGUCGUGCUUCAUCUUCUCUCGUUUUAGUCUAUCCUGCAUCUUCCUGAUAGGCUUAUUCACUGAACUCAAUCUGAGCACGGCGAAGCGCAUCUGAUAUAAUCUAUCUUACUGCAGCUUGGAUAGCUUGCUCUUGGAGUUAUGAGUUACUUGUAACUUUUAUAUAAAGAACCUUCUAAACUUAUACAAGAAAUGUUGGG